AUGUCGUUGAAGCAGUCUAUAAGAGCUAUAUAUAAAGUUGGUCAAAAAUAUUUGAAGAAUUAUAAUCUCUUUCGAUCACAUCUACCGACAACCGAUGAACAUGAUCUUCGAAAUGAAUUAAUAUCAACACGGUUAUUUAUUAUUGUACUGUUUAUAUCAUUAAUUACUAUUGUUCUAUACACAUCAGUACCUAAUCGAACAAUAAUAGUUACAAGAAAAUCACCAACGUUCGAACAGUAUGAGCAUCUCUACCAAAAGUAUCAAAAAAGUUUAUUAUGUUCAUGUGCCACCAUCGCAGUACCAUAUGGUACAUUUUUUACUGAAAUAUUUCAGCAGCAACAUCAACUAUGCUCUAGUCAAUUUGUGACGAAUGAAUGGGUAGCUUAUCUCAAUAAUGAAUCGGCAGCUGAAAUUUAUUAUCGUGAUUUUCGUCGUACUUCUGGUUAUUCAUUUCAAAUGUUAUCUCGGCUGUGCCAGCUAACAAAUCAAACACUGAAAGAUGAGUUUCUCGCAUUUAACUCAACGGCAUAUAUAACACCGUCACUAGUCUCAGUGCAAAUAUUUGAAUCUGAAACACAGCUCUCAAUAAAACAAUUUCAAUUGACAACAACCAAUGCAUUUCUAACAUCGUUAGAUAUUGUACGCAGUACGACCCGAGGAAAUGGCUUAAUGUCAGGUCUGUUAACAAAUACUGAGCUUAGAUCAACUUAUGGUGGUGACGAUAAUUCUUAUCGCAAUGUAAUAUCAGCUAGUUUUAAUAAUGGUAAUUGUUCAUGUGAUUUAACAAUAAAAUGUGUUGAAUCCUCAGCAAUAUAUACAUUCUAUCCUUCAUCCGAAUUUAGUGGUAAACCAGCAACGUUGACUACUGAGUUUAUUGUACCUGGUUUCUAUUUGGGAUGUUAUUUGUUAGAAUCUCUUUUACAAUCAACAUUAGAAUGUUUCUACGAUCAAGCAUGUCUAGAUGAAAUACAAUCAUGGAUAUUCACUGAUUAUAUAAACAUAACACCCCUGGUCUCAACACAGCUAAGUCAGUAUCAGCCCAAUACAACUAUCAAAGAGAUUUUAAAUAACCUAAUGAUUGAGCAAUGGUAUGUAACAACAUCUUAUCAAUUAUAUUAUGGACAAUGUAAUCCGUCAGAAUGCAUAUAUAGCUACUCUGAUUCAUUUGAUAUUCUUUAUAUAUUAACGAAAAUCAUAACAUUAAUUGGCGGUCUCACAAAACUAUCAAGAAUUCUAGUGCCACGUGUAGUGAAGCUGUGGAGAAGAAAGAAGAUAACAACGAUCAAUGUAAUAUCAAUACGUCAAAGACUGUAUAAUUUAUAUAAAUCAACGACAGAAUAUUUGAAAAGCUUUAACAUUUUCAAACCGAAACCACCAUCAACCGAUGAACAUGAAGUUAAAAAUCAAAUUAUCUCAACGCGUUUAUUCAUUGUAAUAUUUCUCGCAUUAUUAACUGUACUUGCAUUUUAUUCAUCAUUCCAUAAUCCACCACGUACGGUCGUGGUAAAAACGCCAACUAUGAAACAAUAUGAUAAUUUAUACUCCACAUAUUCAAAUACUUUGGACUGUCCAUGCUCAAAAACUUCAAUACCAUAUAAAACAUUCCUCCAGAUAUCACCGACAUACCAUCAGGUAUGCUCAAGUCAAUUUGUUUCAGAUGAAUGGUACAAGUAUAUAAUUGAAAAUAGGCCAUCCAUUAUUUCUGCCCAUGAUUUUCGUUUGAUUGGUGUUUCUUCGUUUGAAAUGAUAUCUGAAUUUUGUCAGUUCAGUAAUCAAACAAUUCAAGAUCAACUCUUUCUAUUCUAUUCACGAUUCUAUUUAAGUUUAGAUUUAAUAUCGAAUAAAACAUUUCAGCUUCAAUCUCUGUCUUUUAUCGAACAGUUUCAAUCCGAAACGAGAAAUACAUUUUUAAGAUUAUUACAAUUAACACGAGAUACCACCCAUGGUUCUCACUUCUAUUCAUCGAUAAAUACUAAUUAUCAGAUUACUGUAUAUACUAAUCCUAAUGGUUUAUAUACGAUAACCUCCACACAAUACUAUGGUGGCUCACCAGCAUGUGUAUGCGAUAUUAAUUCAAAAUGUGUACAGUUAACUGGAAUUACUGAUACUUUUGUAACUUCUCAAUCAUUGGAUUUUGUCAUAUCUGGUUUUAUGACUGGCUGUUAUAUUAUUGAAUCAUUAUUACAAUCAACAUUAGAAUGCUUUUAUAAUGAAACUUGUUUCAAUACUCUUCGCCACUACAUGAAUGCAACACAUUAUAAUAGAAAUUUUACAACAUUAUACUCAUCUUUAAGCAAUAGCCAAUAUAAACCAGAAACAACCAUUGAAACGAUUGUUAAUAAUCUAAUGAUUGAACAAUGGAAUCCAUCCAUCUCAUUCGGUUCAUACUAUAAUGAAUGUCAUCCAAGCGAAUGCACAUACACAUAUACUGCAAAACUGGAUAUUGUUUAUGUAUUAACGACAAUUAUUGGCCUCAUUGUUGGUCUCAGCGUUGUGUUAACUAUACUCAUACCAAAUUUAGUGAAUUUGAUACGGGAGAAGCGAACACAUGCAGCAAAAAACGGUAAGAAUAAUUAUUAA